AUGUUCGGAAAUGCCAUCCAACGGAGAGCUAUCCGGGGUCGGACAAUGCAGCGUCGUCGCAACGGCUCGCAUCCGAUCCAACACUUCUGGGACCGUCGAUUCCCGUCUCUCUUGGCCCCCGUCUACCUCCCAGCACUGCCGCAGUUUCUAUCGGCAUAUUUCGAAAAGUUCCAGAAAGUCUUCCCGGUUAUUCAUCAACCGACUUUUAUCGCGGCGACGGCACAGCAGCCGCUUCUCCAGGCUGUCGCUUGUGUCGGCGCCGUAUACACCUCUGGAGAGGACUACUGCGACAUUAGCCGCGCCCUUCUCGAGUCCGGGUUGAAGUCCCUUGAUAUCUAUGUAAACAAUCAUCCGCGCGUAGGCAUCCAAGAGACGUGGGUACUGCAGGCGUAUUUGCUUUUUGAGUACUUCGCCAUAUACAGCUGCGAGGACAGCCUCUUCAACACUGCACUCGAGAUACACCGCAAGCUUGUCGACGUAGCUCGGCAGUAUCAGCUCUUACAGGAUGGUGUCAUGUCCGGAACAGCAGGCCAAGGCUUGAGCUCGCCAGCUGACAGUACCGCCGCCCAUGGAUCCUCGCUAGGCCGAGACUGGCAUCUGGCUAUCCGAAGCGAGUCUAGGAAACGAGUCAUGUACUCUCUUUAUUAUCUGGACUCGCAACUGUCCAUGUGCUUCAAUCUGCGUCCGCACCUUGCAGCCUUGGAAGUCAAGUUUGAUCUCCCCUGCCGUGACGAUGUCUGGUCGGCACCCACUGCCGAAGCUUGGAAGAUGCUGGCUAUCGACCAGGAUGGGUCCUUUAAUGAAGAGGAUGACGACGACGCAAACGGGGAGCCAAGACCGCCACACGGUGAUCUCUAUAGCAGCCUUAUGCAUCUGAUGAACCCAAGGCCGCAGGCGCCACCCCUCGGCCUGCUCUGGCACUCGUCGUUUGCAAGCUUGAUGCUCAUCGUCCAACUCCAGAUGAUGGUUCGCGACCUGACUCUCGGAAGCACCUUUCUCUAUAGGAACAUCCGGGCCGACGAUCCCAACCACGCGCUGUCCAUCAUCUCAGAAUCCGAUCGCGCCCAGGUCAUGCAGGCCCUCGAGGCCCUGGCCGAUCUCAUGCCCCGCGUAUGCUCGCAGAAGGCCAUCGGAGACCCUCAGUCUCCUGAUAAUUCCCUGUGGAACCACGUGUGGGUUGCCUGGCACUACACGGCGCUCUGCCUCACCCAUCAGGACGGCCUGCUCACGAGCGGAAUAGUCGAGUACAGUCUCCCGACUGCGAUAUCGACGGCGUGGGAGUUGGGCAGACCAAGGGCGAAGAAAUACCGGGAUGUCUACGAAGAUCGUGACGUGGUGCGCGUGGCCACUCAUCUCGCCCGGAUACUCGAUCUGCUCACGAGGCCGGCCCUGGGAGCAUCAGUCGGGCCUGAGUGCACAGGCUCUGAGGACCCCUUCACAACCGUCAUCGCGUUCAAGUCAUGCCUCAUGGGAUGGCGAAUAGUGCGCCUCAUCACCAUAGGUAUCCAGGACAGUCUGAGAGGCCAGAGGAGCACCAUCCUGCCCAGCGUCUACACGGCAUUCGGUCGCUCCAUGAUGUAUGACAUACUGACGGCUCUGGACCCCGAAAAUGACGGGAGGUUGGAGGAUGUAACAGGUGAUGAGCGGCUCUCGGAAAGUUCCCCCAGGAGUUCUGAGAUGUUGAAGGACUCAGAGAGACACUAUCUCGAGCGCAUAGAAGAUGCACUUACACGCAGGAAUCACUGGCCCCUAGCAACUUGGAUCGCUGCAGUCUUCACUGAGACAUUUCACGGGGAGGAUUAA